UUUCGGGCCCUCGCCAUUUCGCAAGUCACACUACGAGGCUUGGAAAGCGCCAAAACACCGUUCACCACCAUGACAGAUAUUCAAAACGCCUGCAUACCUCAUGCAUUGGCAGGCAGAGAUAUUCUGGGAGCUGCGAGGACGGGCAGUGGAAAGACGUUGGCGUUCCUCAUUCCCGUGUUGGAGUGUUUGUACCGCAACCGGUUCUCUCCCGUCGACGGUCCCGGUGCCGUCGUGCUGUCGCCAACCCGUGAACUUGCGGUACAAAUAUUCCAAGUUCUCCGUAUGGCUGGAAAGUACCACGCCUUUUCGGUGGGCCUUUUGAUUGGCGGUAAACGCGACUUUUUUGAAGAACAAAACCAGGUUGGUUCGACAAACAUUAUCAUUGCGACCCCGGGACGCUUACUGCAGCAUCUGGAACAGACACCGAAUUUUGAUACGUCCGAUCUACGAAUGCUUGUGCUGGAUGAGGCUGACCGCGUCCUAGAUAUGGGUUUUCGGGAUCAAUUGGUACGAAUUCUCGAAUAUCUUCCGACGGAGCAACGGCAAACUUUGUUGUUCUCAGCGACGCAAACAAAUGAUGUGUCCCAUUUGGCGACGAUGAGUUUACAAAAACCUGAAUAUCUCGGGGUUCACGACAAGGAAAAAACGUCGACGCCCGACGCGCUUCAACAGUCGUAUGUUGUCGUUCCACUCGAGCACAAACUGGACGCGGUUUACUCCUUUGUGAAGUCACAUUUAAAAAACAAAUCGAUUAUCUUCUUUGCCACCUGCUCACAAGUACGAUACGCUUGGGAAUUAUUCUGUUCGCUACGACCAGGCAUACCAGUCAUGGCGUUGCACGGAAAAUUGGUACAGACGAAACGGACCGAAAUAUACUUUGACUAUUUGCAGAGACCACACGCGGUAUUGUUUGCGACCGACAUUGCCGCGCGCGGUUUGGAUUUUAAGGACGUCGACUGGGUCGUGCAGGCAGACGCGCCCGAGGACAAGGCCAUGUACAUUCAUCGUGCCGGUCGUACGGCACGGUAUCGCGCGGGUGGGAAAUCACUUUUGAUGUUGACACCGCCCGAGGAAAAGAACGGCUUUAUCGAGCUCGUUCAGGGAAAGAAGGCAGCCAAGGUUCCCUUGAAAAAGCUUAGUAUAAAUCCCACCAAGACUGUGGUCGUUACGGAACGAGCUGCCUCGUUGGUGGCGUCCAAUCCAAAUUUAAAUCGACUCGCCAAAAAGGCGUACGAAAGCUACAUCCGUUCCAUUUUUCUCAUGCCGAACCGAGAAAUUUUUGACGUGAAAGACAUGUCUCUCGAUGGUUUUGCCAAGUCGCUGGGCUUGGCAUCCACACCAAAUUUGCGCUUUUUGAAGAAUUCCGCCAAGGACAGAGAGGAAUUGAGAAGUGUCAAAAACGUGAAUCGAAAGCUGCAAAAGCUAAAGGAUCAAAUAAAGGCAGAAAAGCUUGCCAAAAAGAUUGCUAGGUUGGGAAACGAUGGUAGCGACGAUGAUAUUCUGGUACCCAAGAAUCGCCAGACGGCCGAAGAUGACGACGAUGAGUCGCUUCCAGAAUCCAAGGUUCACGAAGUUUCUCAAAGCAGGAAACGUAAGAAGAUCCGGAUAGACAUAUCCAACACCACGAACAAGCGUAUUGUAUUUGGAGAGGAUGGGGAAGAAGAAGACCUCAAGGGUAUGAUCAAGGCCAACGCCGGGGCGAUUGAGCAUAUUGGGAAUGACAAGGAAGGACUCGAGCAGGCCACGGAUGAAUAUAUGCAACAAGUACGUGAGCGUUUGCGCAGUAAUUUUGAAAAGGACAAGGCGGACGAGAAAGAGCGCGUUCGGGCCAAGCACAAGAAGCGCCGUAUACAAGAGAAGGGAGCCAAAGACGAAGAUGAG